UUAUAGCUAGCUAGGGAGAAUAGGGCUAGUCACGCUAAGUGUACGGUUACACCUGUGUACAGGUAUACUUAAAUAAUGGUGACGCAUCGGGCAGUUUACACCCGUGUACAAACACAAGGAUGUAGCUGUGCUAACAACAGAGGCUGGACAGCUCUUGUUAACUUGGAGUAAUUAACCUUGACAUGUCAUUGUAUUCAAGUGUGUUACUGUUUUACACCAGUGGAGGGAUCUAACACUGAGACUCAGGUACUGUCUUCAGACAUAGACACUGUUAAAGGGAAAGGCCCGUCAAGUACAGACAAAAGAACAUGGCGCCUUACCUCCGAGUAGUCUCCAUAGUACUGGGUUUCUCAUUCCUGGCAAUGGUCAACUCUAAGGGAAGCAUGGAACUUAAAGAUAUCUGCAUCGGUUCAUCAUACAAGAGCAUCAAGGAGGUGGGACAGGGGGGUGUGCUGGAGGUCGGGGCAAACACUACUCCUCUCUGGAACCCUUGUGUGAUGAGAGUGGAAACAUGUGCACACUGCAAAGUGGUUGUAGAGCCGUACGGUCAAGACUUCAGUCUACUGGGCUGUAACAGCAACUAUGAUACCACCGGCAAGUCUUGUCCUGUAGGAUGUCAGUACUUCUAUAUUUUUGACCAGUUUUACAAGAACCAGACAAUGAGUUUCUACAAGGACAGUUCUGCCACCAGCUGGAACCUGCCCUUUGUGUCAGAGUCAAGUGUUGUAUUUAUAGGCUUUUGUCACGCCAAUGUACCCCUCAACAGGUCUAUACAGCUUCGUUUUACUAUAGAAGCUAAAGAAGAACGUUAUGGAGGGUCGAGUGACAUUUCUACCUCAGGGGAAAUAACUUCACCUUUCUUCCCAGACCUUUACUCAUUGAACUCAGAGUACUACACCUACCAGAUUGAGAGUACGAAUAAGGAGGACCACGUCUACAUCAUCUUUACAGACUGGGAUAUAUCUUCCACCAGUGAGGUGUUUGUUGAGUGGGGAAGUUCAGAGGCCUUGUACAAAUAUAGGGACGAUAGACCAGUUAUCAUGGCAAGCUCUCAUAAGGUCAAAAUUGUGUUUAACACUGGAUAUGAGUACCAGCAUGGAGUUCUUAGGUCCAAUAUGGGAUUCCGAGUCAAAUAUAGAUAUAUCAACGCUAACAUAGAAUAUGUGCCUGUUCCCUCCACCAAUUGUGGAGAGUAUAGCUUCAGUAGUGGAGGCAAACUCGAAUUUGACACAUCUAUUGCUCUGAACUACAAGUACUAUGACUGUGUAUGGGUUGUGCGCACAGCGCCCGGAUACACACAGACACUGCUCAACAUCAUCAAAUUCAACAUUGGCACAUCUGGCUUUGAUUCUGACGAUUACAUGGAGAUUUAUCGUGGCUUGUCCUCCAAGGGUACAUUCCUGGACCGUUUCCCUGUAAGUCAGACUAUUUCAAAAUGGCAGUACAAAGACACUGAUGGCUUCUAUAUUCACUUGUCUGGAAAAUUUGGACGGCUGGACAAGGUGCAACUCUCCUUUGUUUCCCUGCACAUGGAAGAAUUAUGCAGCAGCUUGAAUAAUCUGUGGCACUGUAACAACGGUUACUGUAUCUCUUCCACCUACAAAUGUGAUGGCAUCGAUCACUGUGGAGAUAACUCUGAUGAACAAUAUGGAUGUUCAAGUCCCGGGUCCCCCUGGAAGAAGAGCAGCCAGCAGACACUAGCAUUUAGUGUGGUUAUUCCUGUAGUCAUCUCCGUCUUUCUCAUCGUCAUCCUUUUUGUACUGUUCCUGCUGGUCAGGCGGUACCGCCGCGCUCAAAGGGAGGUGAUCCGCCGUGCCUCAGAGGGACUGCCUUCUAUCAGUGAAGACCUUGCCCAACCUCAUGGACGUCGGAGACGGCGACGGCAUCGGGGAGUGAUUGGAGAGGAUCUGCCUCCAGCGUACGAGGAGGCCAUACGAUCCCCACCCAUGUACCCAGACAUUAGUUUAGACCCUCCUGGCCCUGGCCACUGGAUGCUGCCAAAGCCUCCUCCAUACUCGGAAUCUGUAGGUACUCCCAUUGGACCUGCAAUGCCUCCAUGCUUUCAUGGAGUUGAAGACGUUUCCACGGAGUGUGCCCUCGCCUCCAACUCCUCAACUGACUCAAGUGAGUCGGAGCAGUGGGAUGGACCCCGUAACCAUCAGCUGACAGACGACAGCUCGGAUGCAUCCCCUGUCCCGAGAGUUCGCACCACUCAUUCAUAUAGCACUUCUUACAGUUCUGAGUCCUCAAUUGAGAACCCACAUUCCCCAAGGCAUGUAAGGUAUGCUGCUACAGAAACUGAGGCCACUGACCAGAACCCAAGGGACAGGGAAGGGAGGCCCCCACCCAGGCAGGAAGGGGAUGGACUGACAGAGCUGCCUAUCAGACAUCUGCUGAUAAAUGGCCCAGAGGGUUUAUCUGGGGAGGCAAAAAGAAAUCACCAGACAGAAAGACAAGCAAACCCUCAUCAUCAAGGACAGCCGUUGAAGAGACAAACAGAGCAGCAUGGGCAGGACCCAUCAGCACGACGAGGGAGAGGCCGAAAUGAGACCCAACCAACAGAAAGACCAACAGAUAGAGUUCAUCGUAACAGACAUACAGACAGACAUCAUCAUAGUUUGCCAACCGAAAGAGGAGCAGACCGACAUUUUCAGGACCAGCCAAGAGAAAGGCAGAUAGGCAGACGUGAUGAUGUUAGACGAAACUUAUUUAAAUCUUCUGAAUCUUCAUCUCCUUAUAAAGCACAAAGCAAAUCUCAAACUAAACUAGCACAUGAUAAACAUAAUAAACAUAGACUCUCACCUGCAAAAGUAGGCACAAGCCCAAUAGAGAAUGGUCACAAAGCCAAGUUGUCAGACUUUAGGAAGGAAACGAGGACACGACGUGAGGAUGGGGUAAAUCAGACACAGGCCCUACACAAUCAUCCUGGUAGCAGGCCCAGUCAGUAUCACACCAGCAUGCCCAAUAUAGCAGACCAACCAGCCCUCUCCAGGCCAGGCUUUCAGUCGCUCAGCAAUUUUAGCAGUGCAGGAGCAAUUCAGGAGGCUACUGGCAUGUCUGGCAAUAUCCAACCAAAGCAUAGGCAGUAUGCCAAGUCACUGGAGAACAUCUCAAAGGUAGCAGGCUCCCAGGCACUGCGCCCCUUCCACUUCGACAGGGAUCUGGACCCUGUAAGAUCAGAAAAGGGGGACAGAGCCAGCCGGAAUUCGUGGUCUCCCAGGGAGACUGGACAGAGUCGUAUGUGUGAGGAGAACCCAGGAACUUCCCGUGAGGCUCUCUGUGGGGACAGUAACACACUCUUCAGGUCAGGAGAGUUCAACACUUCCUCAGGCUGUGUAAAUGCUGCAUUCUGUGAGUCCCCAACGAGGGAAAUACCUCCAGUACUGAUAUCUGGACAGGGAAAUGCUAGCUUGCCACGGAGUGUUACAGACAUGCAUGUCAUCUCUGAUAGCUCAGGUUCAAAGUCACGUGUUCAACAGCAGCCACAUAUUAGCCUCCAAUCUGAUUUAAUAGACAAUGACGAUAAUGAGUGUUAUGCAUGAUCAUUUUGUUGUUGUAGAAAUAGAUCAUCAAACAUUACUUCUUUUCAUUCCAAAAGGACGCUUUCUUAACCUGUGAAGAAGUUUGGGAGGUGAUAUCAAAAACAUGUGUGCAUUGCAUGAAUUCUGUUUACCUGAGGAAGUAUUUGACAUACUUCAGAAUUAAGGUUAGUUCCAGUAAAUUAUUCAUGUGUUAGAUGACUUUAUCUCUUUGGGAACAAAUUGCUUGGAUCUCCCAAGCCAGAAAUGCUGAUACGUUUAAACCUACCAUGUAUGUACACAAUAAUGUUGUUUUCUCGUACAUGAUUGUUUUUGUACCAAUAUGGAUUUGGUGUAAUGCACUGAUAUGGAAACUUCGCUCCUGUUUAAAAGAUGUGUAUGUUAAGAUUCUCUAUUACUGUGUGAUACUGUGUACAUAUUCUGAUCAGAAUUGGUAUUACAAGUCAAGUAAAAAACAAUAAUGUUGUAUUAAAAGUGCUAUUUGUUGAAAUGAAAUUCCAAUGCAUGUUUAUCAAAAUAAUAGAA